GAGUCGAACAUUGCUACACAUGGAUAGCUGAAGAUAAUUCACUCGUUUUGCAUUCAACCAUUGUCUUUAAUUUACAACUCUGAUAUUGGGCAACGAAUGUCAAAGACUACCAUCAACAUCAACAAAGAUGGAUCGUUGGAGAGGAAGACUAGCGUUGGUGACAGGUGCAUCAGAAGGAAUAGGAGAGGCUAUCUCUCGCCUUCUUGUCAAACAUGGUAUGAAGGUGGUCGGAUGCGCAAGAAAUAGUAGAAAAUUAGAGGCAAUAGAAGAUGAGCUGAAGGCAGAAGGUGGCUGUUUCAUCCCCAUCCAAUGUGAUCUAUCUGAAAGGGAUCAGAUCUACGCCAUGUUUGAAAAGAUCAAGACCGAACAUGGCGGUGUAGAUGUUUGUAUUAACAAUGCAGGAAUGGCUUUUCCAUCAUCGCUACUCGAUGGUACACCAGAAGAAUGGCAAAAAGCAUUAGAUGUUAAUGUGAUUGCUGUAUGUCUAUGCACGAACCUGUCUAUCCAACAUAUGAAGGACAAAGGAGUUGACGAUGGGCAUAUUGUUGUGCUUAACAGCUUGGGAGGACAUCGUUUCAUACAAGGCGCCAAUCAUCUCCAUUUCUACGGCGGUACAAAACACAUGGUGACAGCCUUGACAGAAGGCUACAGGGAUGAACUGAGGCAGAGGAAGUCCAAGAUCAGAGUCUCGGCUAUUUCUCCAGGGUUAGUCGAGAGUGAGUUCGUGGUUCGGAUGAACCCUGAGGACCCAGAGAAAGGGAGGAAACUGCUCCAAACACGACCGUGCCUCAAGAGAGAAGAUAUUGCCGAACUCGUAGUCAUGGUCUUACAAGUCCCUCCAAAUGUACAGAUCCAUGAUAUACUCGUUAGAGACACAGACCAAGUGAUGUAAAAGAGUGGUGGUUAUUUUACCUGACUGCUAAGAAACGAUAAAUGCGUGUUACUAAGUAUAGCCAGAGGCCGACGGUUAAGGUCCUCUCCGAAGGACGUUUGUACAGAUAAACAGUAAGCAGCAUAGAGAAGAUGAAAAUCAGCGGAGUUUGAUGUUGAGCUUGGAAGCUUUUGCUCGAAUGCUACCCAGGGUGUAGAGAAAGGACAUAAAUUGUAUGGGCGAUGACUGGGACAAUACUUAUUGCCCCAGGCAUCGACGAUUUGAGUCGUCGACGUAUUAAACGCCGCAUGCAUUAAAGCGGAAAAUAAUCAUAUACUGAUCAAUCAUCAUUACUGGAAAUUGUCAAUUUGUUUAAUGUAUCGUUUACUUAAAAUCUAUUUGUUAAUUUGAUCUUUUUUAUGUACAACUUACCUAAUUUGCAGAUAAACCCCAAGUAAAAUACUAUUCAUCAAAUCAUACUAGCAAGUAGGAGUAGUAAUAGUUGCUGUAUGAUAGGUAGUAGUAGUAGUAGUAGUAGUAUGAAGAAGAGGAGUAGUAGUAGUAGUAGUAGUAGUAGUAGUAGUAGUAGUAGUAGUAGUAGUAGUAACAUACUGUUAUUAUUAACCUCCAAUUUAAAUGCUGAGCGCCGAGUGAGAAGGCAGAAGAUCCAAUUGUUAUAAGUAUGUGCUAUGACUCGGCCGCCGGAUCGAACCCAUGCACGACAUCCCGUUCAUGAGGCGGACGCUCGACCACUGACGAUAUGUUUUUUUUUAAUUAAAUCUAAAUAAACAAUUGCAUAAUCUUCUAUAUUUUAUGAUUCCUCUUUUUUUCUAAAUUUUCUUAGUUCUUUUUAACCAUUUGAAAAAUAGAGAGGGAGAUAGAAAAAGAGUGAUGAGCAAGGUUGGGCUCGCUCAAAUAAAAGGUAAUUGAUCAAUUAAUGACCUUCCUUAUACAAUUAAAUCAUCAAGUAGCCUUUGUACUUUUUAUGAAAUCUUAAUCAGAAAAGUCAAUCUUGCCCUGAUCUGUAAAUAAUAGUGUGACAAGGCGGGUGUGGUGUAAGGUUGGGUGGAGGGCAGGUUUCGGGGAGGGGUGAUGAUAUCUUACAAAGUUUUCUUUUUUCCAUUAUUGUUUUUCAUUAUUUUUGUUAAUGUCAAAUAUCUUGCUUGGAUUUGUAAUCAUGCUUUUCUUUUUGCCAUGUACAGUAUCUUUUGUUAUGUAUGCUCUGGACCCCAGGGAAGACCAGCGUUGUUAUAUUAACAAAGCUGCGUGGGCUUAUCCAGCCAUUUCACAAUACCUUUCAUUUUUAUUAUGUACGUACAUUUACCUUGUAUUGCUUUUUUUUAAUGUUGUGAUAUGGAAAAUAAAUACCAAUACCAAUUA